AUGGCACGCCUUCUUCUUUCGAUUUCUCUGUGCCUAGGCCUCGUCCACCACGUCGCCUCUUCAGGGCCCGUCGAUCCAACGAAAGGGUUCGCGUCUCUUCCAUUGAAUCAAUCCAACUUCCAUGUCCAACGACCCUACGACGUGCCUGAGGACGAGCGGUAUUCCUUCCGACAUGGAGUUCAUAAGCUUUGGGUGUAUUCCAGUGACGAGCCUCACACUCCCACAAGCCGAACAAAGCCUCGCACUGAGAUUCGCAUCAGCGGAUAUGAUUAUUCCUCCGGAGUGUGGCAAUUUGAAGGAUACGCGUACGUGCCACGUGGAACGUCCGGCGUGUGCAUCAUGCAAGUCUUCGGGGCGAGCCCGCAUGCCACAACCGCAGCGCUCGUAGUCUACAAUGGUUCAUUGUCUUACUACACAAACACAGUCUUGCUGGAGAACGUUUACGACAGAUGGUUCCAGGUGAAUGUGAUACAUGACGCGAAUGCCUCCACCGUGAAGAUCUACAUAGACGACCAGCUCAAGAUGGUGGCUCCUGGUCGUGGUGAGGCCACACAUUACUUCAAGUGCGGGGUUUAUGCUCAACGUUAUAGUUCCUACUAUAUGGAGUCGCGUUGGAAGGGAAUCAAGGUUCUUAAGAUGAGUAAAUGA